CAACCAACAUUAAUGCCACUUCCGGGGAAGUAGAUGACGUAGCGGAAGUUGUUCGUUGCUCGGCGCUUUUCUUCAAAGCGCCCCAUCUGCUUUGGUAUCUAAUUUUUUUCUGCAAUGCCUCUGUCCACACAAUCUCAAGGUGAAGAUGAGCAAUACAUUUUAAUGACCAGUUUAGAUAAUGCCCGCAAUCUCUCCAAUUUACUGAAAGCGAUCAGCUUUAAGGACCAUGCUGUUUUCACCACAACACCCAACGGCCUGAAAGUCACCGUCGAGGACUGCAAAUGUGUGCAGGCAAAUGCUUUCAUUCAGGCAGACAUUUUCCAAGAGUUCACCAUAAAAGAAGAUUUGAUCACUUUCCAAGUUAACCUCACAGUUCUGCUCGACUGCCUGAACAUCUUUGGGGGAAGCACUUCAGCAGGAAUUUCAACAGCCUUGCGGAUGUGUUACAAAGGGUACGGAUACCCCCUGACAUUAUUCCUGGAGGAGGGUGGUGUAGUCACAGUCUGCAAGAUUAACACUGAAGAACCAGAAGAACCGAUCGAUUUUGAUUUUUGCAGCAGCAAUGUCACGAACAAGGUGAUCCUGCAGUCGGAGAGUUUGAAGGAAGCCUUUUCUGAGCUGGAUCUGACCAGUGAGAUGCUGCAGAUCACCAUGUCCCCCAGCCAACCGUACUUCAGGCUGUCUACAUUUGGGAGUUCUGGAAGUGCCCAUUAUGAUUAUUCUAAGGAUUCAGAUAUGAUGGAGCUGUUCCGGUGCAAGGAGACACAAACCAACAGAUACAAGAUGUCCUUGCUUAAGCCGUCCACCAAAGCCUUGACUUUGUCCUGUAAAGUCUCUGUGAGGACAGACAGCAGGGGGUUCCUCUCUCUGCAGUACCUCGUCAGGAACGAUGACGGACAGAUCUGCUUCGUGGAGUAUUUCUGCUGCCCUGAUGAGGAGGUGGAGGAGGAUUCGUAGGAGCCUCAUUUCAGCUGCUUUUCACCAUCAAGUUAAAAUGGACCACAGAUGAUUGCAGGAAAGAAAAAUUGAGUCUAGAUUCAUCAUAUUUUCCUGUUGGUAGUUAAUACCUGAAAGCUGUUAGCAGAUUGACUUGGUAACUUAUGUCAGCAUCAAGUUCAUAAAGGAACUAGAUUUAUUUUAACAGCAAAACGAGGAAAAGAUGUUUGAUUUCUGGGGAAAAGAAAUGUUUUCAUUUUACCAAAAUGCCUGAGCUGUCGAUGUUGUCAGUUUAUUUAGACAAUUCAGUUACAGUAGAGAAUUCUAUGUUGAAUGUUAAGAAACGUUCACAUCUGUUGUUAUAUGUUGAACAGUUUUAUUCUUAUUACAAAAACUGAACUGAAACUGUUUUUAUUUAAAAAGUUGUUUGUUAUUAAAGCAGGUCAGCCGUG